GGCCACCGGAAGAGUCGUAGUCGCCAGCCGAGCCGGGAGAGUGGGGAGCGGAAGCGGCGGCCGCGGCAGCGGCAGGCGGCGCUGGGACCCGGGAGCGGCCGGAGAACAAGGGAGCUGGCGCCGCGGCCGGCUGCCGAGCGAGGCUGAACCGCUGGGCCGCGCCGAGCGCCGUCGCCGCCCGAAAGGCCCGGCCCGGCCGCCGGAGCAGGCCGCGCGCGGGCCCCGGGGCCCGAGGCCGGAGCCAUGGGCGAGACCAAGAUCAUCUACCACCUGGACGGGCAGGAGACGCCGUACCUGGUGAAGCUGCCCCUGCCCGCCGAGCGCGUCACCUUGGCGGACUUUAAGGGCGUUCUGCAGCGACCCAGCUAUAAGUUCUUCUUCAAGUCUAUGGACGACGAUUUCGGAGUGGUGAAGGAGGAAAUCUCUGACGACAAUGCCAAGCUGCCCUGCUUCAAUGGCCGCGUGGUGUCCUGGUUGGUGUCUGCUGAGGGCUCACACCCAGAGCCUGCUCCCUUCUGUGCUGACAACCCAUCGGAACUGCCACCACCCAUGGAACGCACAGGAGGCAUUGGGGACUCCCGGCCCCCAUCCUUCCACCCUCAUGCUGGUGGAGGCAGCCAGGAGAACUUGGACAAUGACACAGAGACAGACUCCUUGGUGUCAGCCCAGCGUGAGCGGCCACGCAGGAGGGACGGCCCAGAACACACAACCCGGCUAAAUGGAACUGCAAAGGGGGAGCGGCGGCGAGAGCCAGGGGGUUACGAUAGCUCAUCCACCCUUAUGAGCAGCGAGUUAGAGACCACCAGCUUCUUUGAUUCGGAUGAGGAUGACUCCACCAGCAGGUUCAGCAGCUCCACAGAGCAGAGCAGCGCCUCACGCCUGAUGAGAAGACAUAAGCGGCGGCGGAGGAAGCAGAAGGUUUCGCGGAUUGAGCGGUCCUCGUCCUUCAGCAGCAUCACGGACUCCACCAUGUCACUCAACAUCAUCACAGUCACUCUCAACAUGGAAAAGUACAACUUUUUGGGCAUCUCCAUUGUGGGCCAAAGCAACGAGCGUGGUGAUGGAGGCAUCUACAUCGGCUCUAUCAUGAAGGGUGGGGCUGUGGCUGCAGAUGGACGCAUCGAGCCAGGAGAUAUGCUGUUACAGGUAAACGAGAUCAACUUUGAGAACAUGAGUAAUGACGACGCAGUCCGGGUACUGCGGGAGAUUGUGCACAAACCGGGGCCCAUCACCCUGACUGUAGCCAAGUGCUGGGACCCAAGUCCACGUGGUUGCUUCACACUGCCCAGGAGCGAGCCCAUCCGGCCCAUUGACCCUGCCGCCUGGGUCUCCCACACUGCAGCCAUGACCGGCACCUUCCCUGCCUAUGGCAUGAGCCCCUCCCUGAGCACCAUCACCUCCACCAGCUCUUCCAUCACCAGCUCCAUCCCUGAUACAGAACGCCUAGACGACUUCCACCUAUCCAUCCACAGUGACAUGGCCGCCAUCGUAAAAGCCAUGGCCUCCCCUGAAUCUGGGCUGGAGGUCCGUGACCGCAUGUGGCUCAAGAUUACCAUCCCCAACGCUUUCAUCGGCUCAGAUGUGGUGGACUGGCUGUACCACAACGUGGAAGGCUUCACUGACCGGCGAGAGGCCCGCAAAUAUGCCAGCAACCUGCUGAAAGCCGGCUUCAUCCGCCACACUGUCAACAAGAUCACCUUCUCCGAGCAGUGCUACUAUAUCUUCGGUGACCUCUGUGGCAACAUGGCCAACCUGUCCCUCCAUGAUCACGAUGGCUCCAGCGGCGCCUCUGACCAGGACACGCUGGCCCCUUUGCCACACCCAGGGGCAGCCCCUUGGCCCAUGGCUUUCCCUUACCAGUACCCGCCGCCCCCGCACCCCUACAACCCUCACCCAGGCUUCCCAGAGCUGGGGUACAGCUAUGGUGGGGGCAGCGCCAGCAGUCAGCACAGUGAAGGCAGCCGGAGCAGUGGCUCCAACCGUAGCGGCAGUGACCGACGGAAGGAGAAGGACCCGAAGGCGGGGGACUCAAAGUCUGGCGGCAGCGGCAGCGAGUCGGACCACACAACCCGCAGCAGCCUGCGGGGGCCGCGGGAGCGGGCGCCCAGCGAGCGCUCAGGUCCUGCCGCCAGCGAGCAUAGCCACCGCAGCCACCACUCAAUGGCCAGCAGCCUGCGCAGUCACCACACGCACCCGAGCUACGGCCCCCCUGGCGUGCCCCCUCUCUACGGUCCCCCCAUGCUGAUGAUGCCCCCUCCGCCCGCUGCCAUGGGGCCCCCAGGAGCCCCUCCGGGUCGCGACCUGGCCUCCGUGCCCCCCGAACUGACAGCCAGCAGACAGUCCUUCCGCAUGGCCAUGGGAAACCCCACCAAGAAUUUCGGGCUGUUUGACUUUCUGUGAGCCCCCAUCAAGGGGAGGCCCAGCCUCCGAGGAGACCAGGAACCCUGCUUCAGCAGCCCCUCAGGGCUUCCCAAGGAUGUUCAGCCCCCAAACCCACACUUCAACAUGUUGAGUCACUAGGCUUUGUUGGAGGGUUCCAGCCUCUCACCCAUGUAUGAGAGACUGUUCCCCUUUCCACAGAGUGCCCAUCCCACUCUCCCUUUCUCACUCUCUCACUCUCUCUCUCGCCCUCUCUCCUUCUCUCUCACACGCACACAUACAUACACAAACACAUACACAUACACGUGUCUAUGCCAGUUCACUUAAGCCUCAGGGCUGGUCCCUGCUCAGAGGGCUGGACCUUCUCUCUGAAGUUGUGGGGCUGGUCCCCUGACUUCCCUCUCCCCAAACCAUCCACACAUGUCCCCAUCAUCUUCCUACCUGGAUAAAGCCCAUAAGCUGGAUCUCAGGUCAGGCUCAGCAGAGGACUCCGUAAACAACUGACAGGCUGUUCUCACCCCACUUCCUACCCCAACACCCUUAUUUCACAAUAACCAUGAUACCCCAGAGUAAAGGUUGGGCAGGGGGGUCUUCUGGGACCUCUAAAAUGCCGGGUUUUAUUUUUUACCUUAUUCUACAGUUUAAACAAAUCAUGAUCUCUUUAAGCCUCUUCUAUAAAUUCUCCUGGCUCACCUAAGCUUGCAUACUUUUAGGACUGAGGUGUCAAGAGUACAACUAAGUCUUAAGCUCCAGGAUUUGGGGCAAACCAGGGUAGGGACAUUUUAACAAAUACUUCUGGAGUUUUUGGUGCAUAAGGGCUGUGCUGGAAGUGUGACUUAGUCUUGCCUGCCUUCCAGGAGCCCAGGCCACGGCUUUCUGUAGCCACCACUAUAGGGCUGCCUCCUAUACUUCUUUAACUUUUCUGACUCUGCCAUGUUCAACUCCCUUGAGAAUUCCUCCAGUAUUGCUCAUGCCUUCAAUGUUGGUGCUCCUUGUGUUCUUUGGUUCACUUCUCUUUCCUCUAUAUUUACUCACCAAAUGGUGUCACCUAUACUGAUGUCCUCAAUUGCCAUUGAUAUGCUGGUGAUUCUAAAACAUGUAUCUUCAGCCCCAACUUCCCUCUAAAUUUUGGAUCUGUAUCAUCACCCACUGAACAUCACCAUGGACAUAUCCAUAUGGACUCAACUCAUUCCCCCAUCAAGUGUGUUCCUCCUGAAUUCCAAUCCUGGUUAUCUUCAUCACACUGUAUGUAGGCUAACCAGCUAGGAACAGUUAUGGGCUUAAAUUCUUCCCCCUAUCUUUCUAGUCAGCAUAUCAUAUCCAUUACACCCCAGCAAUCUUUCUUGAAUAUGGUCCUUCCUUUCCCCUCUGCCUCUACUCUAAUUCACAGGAGCAUGGGAUUUGGAGUCAGAUUGUUCUGGGUUUGAAUCCCAGCUCUACUACUUUUUGGUUUCAUGAUAAGAGAGUUAUUUAAUCUCUCUGAGCCUCAAUUCCCUCAUGUAAAAUGACGAUAAUAAUACCUACCUCACAGGGUUGUUGUGAGGAUUUAAAUUAGAUAGUGUACGAAAAGUGCCUAGCACAGUGCCUGGCACAUAGUAGAAUAGGUGCUCAAUAAAUGGUAGCUAUUAUUAUUA